AUGCCGAGCAUCAGCAAGCCGUGCCACAACUGCCGCCGCCGCCGCCUGCGCUGCGAUCGCUCGUGGCCAACCUGCCACAAAUGCGCGGUCUCGGGGCAGGAAUGCCUCGGGUAUGGGAGGGUCUUCGUCUGGACACAGGCGAUUAACGCCCAUGGCAAUCUGAAGCCGCCGUCGGCGCCCCCGGCCUCGGCGGCGGCGGCCGUUCCUGUGCCGUCGUCAUCAUCGCCAUCGUCGCCCCGGUCCUUGGCGACGGCGCCGAGCCGCAAGCAUCAGCUGCAGCAACAGCAGCUGCAGCAGCGCCGGCAACAGAAGUCGAGUCGGCAGCAGGGCGAGCCAAGCCUGUCGUCGGUCGCCGACGCAGGACACGGCGGCCCGGAGGGAGGCGGAUCAGGCGUCGAGGCUCGAGAUGGCGGUGCUCUUGGUCAAGUUGCUGGUGCCGGCAAAAACGACGACGACACAGGCGGUGAGGGCGGCGGGGGUCCCCAGCAGCUGCGGCAAGAGCAGCAGCAGCAACUGCCCCAGCACCUUCAAGCCCGCCGCGACGGUCACCCGCUCGGGCAGGAGCUCGCGCCCCACGGCCAAGCAACGACGACUCCUCAAAUGUCCAGCGACGGUAUUGACAUCGUUCACGACGGCAUCCAUGGCCAUCGGCAUCCACUUCAGCCACGCGUCUCUUCGACAUCGGCCGGCAUCGAAAAUGAUGCAUCGUCGGCACAGCAACGCCACGGAUCCCUGGGCCCGGGCCGCGUUUCGCUCGGCAACCUGACGGAUCCCGUUUUCCAGGAUCUCGAUAGGAACUCGCGAUACUAUCUCGCCCAUUUCGCCGAUCGCGUCUGCAAAGACCUCGUGGCCCGCGAUGCUCCCGGCAGCAACCCCUUCCGGGAACUGAUCCCGCUGACCAACAGGCACCCGCUGCUCCUCCACAUUCUCGUCGCAACGUCAGCUAUUCACUGGUCCAACAUCUUCCGCCCCAUCACGGCCAUUCCAACCGGCUUGACGGAUCCCGGGGGCUACUUGGCCCAGCUGCGUGCCAAGGAUCUCGUCUCGAGACAGGCGCUCAUCGAUGCCCUGACAGCCAAGCAAAAGGCCAUGGGCCACCUGCGCGAGGUGCUUGACACACUGGACCCGGCCGUUAGCGAGGUGGCGCUUGCCGCCAUGCACUUUUUUGUCAAAUUUGACCUCAUCGAUCUGGAGCGGAAUGAGAAAAAGGGCUGGCAGACACAUCUCGAGGGCGCCAGCAGCAUCCUGGCCCUGCUGGCGCCCGGCAGUGCAGCAAGCUCGUCCAGCAGGAUGCUGCGCGACUGCGUCAUUGCCGAUUGCUUUAUAUAUCACAUUCUGGGAUCGACGUUGGCUUCCGGAGCCCUCGCCGCACGAAUCGCGCGGUACGCCUUUGAGCUGCUGCCGGUCAUGAAGCGGGUCGAGGUCAACAGCUACCUGUCUUGCCCGGCGGAGAUCCUCCAAGUCAUCCUGAUGGCAUCGCAGCUGUCGUACGAGACGCCGUGCACCGACUGGUCGCUGUCGGCGGCGGAUGAGGCACUCGCCCUCAUCGGCCAGGCGCUCGCCUUUGACAUUCCUGGCUGGGCCUCGCAGUUGCAGCGGCAGUCGGCUAACGUGACGGACAUUGAAAGCCGCGUGCACGUGGCAUCGGCGCACCGGUCGGCGGCGUGCCUCUAUAUCUUGCAGGCGCUGCCGUUGGCACGAGCAGUGCGCCCCGUCGACAGCGAUUUCCUUGUGUCAGACAUCUUGGGCCACUUGGCGCAGAUUGACGAGCGUGACCCGUACUUCAAGGCCACGUCGUGGCCGACUUUCAUCGCCGGGGCGGAGACGCGCGACGCCGAGAAGCGGACGUGGACGCUGAAGCGGCUGCUAGCCAUCUGGGGGAUCUGCUCGUGGGGCUACAUCUUUACCGCGAUUGAGAUGCUCAAGGCGACAUGGGCGAUGCGGGACGGCAGCGAGGGCGCCGUGAGCUCGGUGGAGCCGGGUGUCAACUGGCUGCAGGGCCUCAGGGACAUGGGCUUUGAUUAUCUGAUUGUGUGA